UUUAAGUUAUAAUCACCACUUCAAAUAGUUAUUCUUUGAACUUUACAUAUACCCAUUACUGUUCCAAACACAUCAUCAUUAAUUAUAAUAAUGUUAUCAAUGACAGAAAUAACGGUGGGAGGUCUUAUUGUUUCGGCAGUGGUAGUUAUACUUACUACCAUAAUAUUUAGGUUAUUCUCACGAUACACUAGUAAUAAUGGUGAUGGUGUUGAUACUGGUGCUGCUGGUGGUUUACGCCCACUUGUACCCACUAUUUCAAACACAUCAAUUGGGUCAUGGAAAUACGAUGUGUUUCUUAGUUUUAGGGGCGAAGAUACUCGCAAGAACUUUGUUGACCAUCUCUACUCUGCUCUUGACCAACACGGAAUCCUUACGUACAAGGACGACGUAACACUUGAUCGAGGUGACACCAUCGGCCCAUCCCUCUUGAAAGCUAUUGGAGAAUCACAGAUUUUGAUGAUUAUAUUUUCUGAAAACUAUGCGGAUUCUUCGUGGUGUUUGGAUGAGCUUUCACAUAUUAUGGAAUGCAAGGAUAGUAAGAUGGGGCAAAUCGUUUUUCCUAUUUUCUAUCACGUGGAUCCAUCUGAUGUUAGAAAACAGAAAGGUCAAUUUGGUAAAGCAUUUGCCAAAGCCAAACACAAGCUGUCAAAAAACAACAAGGUCAAAGUUGAAUCAUGGAAAAAAGCACUUGGUGAUGCAACUAACAUUGCUGGAUGGGAACCCAAACAAGUUGCUAACGGGCAUGAAGCAAAAUGUAUCCAAGAAAUUGUUGGUUCCAUUUUAGUUAAGUUGUCAUCUUUAGAAUCAGUAGUUGAGGAGGAAGGCCUUGUCGGAAUGGGAACUCGACUGAAAGAUUUGAAACAGGUUUUAAGAAUUGGAUCUGGUGGUGUACGUAUAGUUGGGAUAUGGGGGGUUGGGGGCGGUGGUAAGACCACUCUUGCUACUUCUCUUUACAGAGAGUUAAAAAUCUCGGGGCAGUUUCAUGGUUGUUGCUUUGUUGAAAAUAUUCGUGAGGAAUCCAAACAACGUGGCCUAAAAAGUUUGCAAGAAAAAAUUUUGUCAACUGUUUUUAACAAGGAAUUGAAAGUUGAGAGUGUCGAUAUAGGAAAACACACAACUAAGGGUAUGUUAUGCCGUAGGAAUGUGUUGAUUGUUCUUGAUGACGUCGAUCAUCUUGACCAACUAAAGGCUCUAGCUGGACGGCAUGAUUGGUUUGGUGAUGGUAGCCGAAUAUUGAUCACAACCAGGAAUGAACAAGUGCUAAUAUCUCACAGGGUAGAUGAGGUCUAUCCUGUCAGCUUAUUAUCACAUGAUGAGGCUACUCAGCUCUUUGAUAAACAUGCAUAUAAUGAAGAUAACCAUCUACAAGAUUACGAGAUGCUUUCACAACAGAUUGUUUCUUAUGCUGAUGGACUCCCCUUAGCCCUGAUUGUUUUAGGUUCUUUCUUGUAUGACAAAGACAAUGAAGAGUGGAUUGGUACCUUGUCUAGACUGAAAGAUCAUCCAGAAAUGGAUAUUGUGGAAAAGCUCAAAAUCAGCUAUGAUGGACUUAAACCUGUAGAGAAAGAGUUAUUCUUGGAUAUUGCAUGUUUCUUCAGGAGGAAAAUUAAUAAAGAUAAGACAAUGAAGAUUCUUGAUGCUUGUGGUUUUCACCCUGCUAUAGGGGUAAAGGUGCUGAUACAAAAGGCUCUCCUAACAGUUUCGGAAUAUGGUCAGUUUGAUAUGCACGAUCUGGUUCAAGAAAUGGCACACUACAUUGUUAGAGGGGAACAUCCCAAUGAUCCUGAAAAACACAGCAGGGUCUGGCGAUACCAAGAUAUUGAAGACUUAUGUUCUAGGAAUGCAACAACGGAAAAUGAUAAGAUUGAAGCAAUAUCAAGCCAUAAUGUUUCUUCAUCAGACUUCAUUAUGGUUGUUUCAAACAUGAAGAAACUAAGAUUCCUUAGAGUAAGCACGCGUGACUGUCAUGGAGGGCCUAGUUUUCUGUCAAAUGAGUUGAGGUAUAUAGAAUGGACAGAUUAUCCUGAGACUCCAUUCCCUGAAAGUUUUCAACCACGGAAGCUUGCCUUUUUAAAAAUGGAUGGAAGCUGUCAAAGGGUGCUUUGGAAGGGUUACAAGUAUCUACCAUGUUUGAAAGAGCUGGAUCUCUCUUGGAUGGAAGCAUUAGAGAGGACACCUGAUUUUGGCGGACUCCCAUGUCUUCAGAAGUUGAUACUCAACGAAUGUGAUAGUUUAAGAAGUAUUCAUCCAUCACUCGGAAAUCAUUCAAGUCUUGUUUAUGUAGAUGUAAGCUUUUGUCACAAGCUCACAACGUUUCCGAGCAUUGUUGGGAUGAAAAUGCUGGAGAUUAUCACAAUUUCAAAUUGCAAAGCACUUGUUGAGUUUCCAAAGAUUGAAUGCCGCCAACUUAUUCAUUCUCACUUUCCAGGUUUCUUAAGAAAGUUGAAUCUGAAGGGGUGUGGAUUGAAAGAUGAUAAAAUACCAUGUGAGGUUGGUGAGUUAUCCAACUUACAAGAGCUAGAUCUAAGUUAUAAUCACUUUACACGAUUAAAUUUCAGCCUCUCAAGACUUGCUAGCCUCAAACUCCUUGAACUGAGUUAUUGCGUCAACCUUGUUGAAUUGCCUGAGCUUCCAUCAAGUCUAGCUAUUCUCAAUGCAUACUAUUGCUACUAUCUUGAGGCCAUCAUCAAAGAUGAAAUUCACACAAACUGUAAAUGGUUAUCUCAAGUCUUAAUAUGGGGACGGGGACAGGGACAGAGACAGGGAUGGGCAAAGAAUAAGGAUAUAAUUGGUGGGGAGAGAAUACUAGAAACCAUGCUUCAGGGAAAUGAUAUUGAGAGUAGGUGUAUGAGCCUUCAGCUAAAAGGGUUAGAGAUUCCGAGGGGGUUUGAACCGCGUGUGGUUAGAGGGAGAAGAUGUAGAAUGCAACUUCCAGAGAAUUGGUAUAAUGACUUCUCUGGAUUCUUAUUAUACGCAGCUUCCAAUGACUUGUUUGAAGGAAUGAAGAUAAGUAUGAAGCAUAAGGAGGAGGAAGAAAAUGGUUGUUGGAUGGAAAUGGGCAAUUCUGAACAUGACUUGUAUAGGGAGGAGGAUCGCGUUGAUGUUGAUGAUGAUGAUUAUGGUAUCGGAUACUCAUGGGUCGGAUAUAUUCCAUUUAAUUUAUUGAGACACACGUCAUGGUGGGAUCCAACAUCCAACGCCAUCUGGAUUGAGAUGGACUCAUAUUAUCAUGUUAGUGGGUGUGGAUUGAAACUGGUUCCCAAGCGAGGUGGUGAAAGCAGCAGCAGUAGUAGUGGUCAAAUGGAAAUCUCUCUUCAUGAUCAUUAUAAAUGUAAAUUAGUUAUUCAACAUGAUUCCAAGUCAGUGUUGGAGUGCAGGUUUGAUCACUAUGGAUUGGACCAAAAUGAUUACUAAACUUUGAAAGUUCAAUUCCAUCUAUACAUUUCUACAAAUUUCGUAUCA